UGGGCUACGGGUCUGAUUCUGCGGCGGGGGGUUGAAGGCUGCGGGCAGAUGGCGGAGGAGGCCCCCGGCGGGGCCCGCCGCGGCGCGGAGGAGCUGGAGGCGGCGGAGCGGGGCCCGGGCGCGGCUUAUCACAUGUUUGCGAUGAUGGAGGAUCUGCUGGAGAAGCUGAAGCUGCUGAACUACGAGGAGGAGGCGCUGCGGCGCCACCACCUGCGGCCCCUGUCCAGGCACUACUUUGCAUUGCCCACUAAUCCCGGUGAGCAGUUCUACAUGUUUUGCACGCUUGCUGCUUGGCUGAUUACUAAAGCAGGACAUCCCUUUGAACAGCCGCAAGAAUAUGAUGACCCCAAUGCAACAAUAUCAAACAUACUCUCAGAGUUGCGAUCAUUUGGGAGGUCCGUGGAUUUUCCUCCUUCAAAGUUAAAGGCAGGUUAUGGAGAGCAAGCAUGUUAUGUUCUUGAUUGUUUAGCUGAAGAAGCCUUGAAACAUACUGACUUUAGCUGGAAAAGACCAGCAUACCCAACAGAGGAGCUAGAAGAAGAAGCAGUAACAGAAGAUGAUGCAGAAUUGACACUUAAUAAACUGGAGGAAGAAAUUGAGGAAGAAGAGACAGACAAUGAAGAGAACUUUAUUGAUCUGAAUGUUCUAAAGGCACAAACCUAUAGAUCAGAUAUGAAUGAAUCCACAAAACAAGAAGAGAUUUUAGAGUCCACAACAGAUGCAGCAGAGUGGAACCUGGAAGUGGAACGUGUUCUUCCACAACUGAAAGUUACAAUCAGAACUGACAAUAAGGAUUGGAGAAUCCACGUAGAUCAAAUGCAUCAGCACAAAGAUGGAAUCGAAUCUGCUUUAAAAGAGACUAGGGGUUACCUUGACAAACUUCAUAAUGAAAUCAGUAGGACCCUCGAAAAGGUGAACAGUCGGGAAAAGUACCUCAACAAUCAGUUGGAGCAUUUGGUUCAGGAAUAUCGUACAGCACAAGCCCAGCUGAGUGAGGUAGAAGACAAAGGCCUGGACGCACAAAAGGAGUUGAACGUGGUGACUCUGAGCAUCACAUCUAACUUUUAGACACCUAGAAAAUCGCUGUGAUAACAAAGCCUGAAUUCCUAUGCAAAGACUGGGGGAAAAAGGGGCAUCUUAGACUGUGAAUCAUAAAAGCUAGUAUACUAAACAGAAAGCUGCCUGAGUUAACUAAUGGUAGAUGCCGAUGUGUGCUAAGCCCUACCCAUCAUAUAAAUAUAGGCACCCAAAUCCAAGUUACAGCUAGGUGCCUAAUGAUUCUCCCUCUUCUGGAAUUAGGCACCUGUGCCAUUUUAUCAAGAAGGCGGGGGGGACUAGAACUUCCCUUAUAAAUUUUAGCUCAGUGGUUAGGGUACUCACCUAGGAUGUGGGAGACACCCCCCCCCCCCGUUCAAGUCCCCCUCCCUCCAUCUGAGGGGGGAGAAGGGAUUUAAACAGGGAUCUGCCAACUCUUAGGUGAGUGCUCUGACCACUGGGCUCUGGGCUAAUCUGGUGUGGAGGGCUCUCAAUCUUUCAAUCAAUGAUUAGAGCAGGGGGACUGGACCCUGGCUGUCCCACAUCCCAGGUCAGUACUCUCACCACCAGGCUACAGAGUCAUUAUUAUGCUUAUGCUGUCACGGUCAUGUGUACUCCCUCUCUUUCUCUAGCCCAAAUGAUUCUUUAAUUAUUUGUACCCAGAGCAACAGUUUCAACAGGAGAGACAGCCACACAUCCCAUAGUGCAAUAGUUAGGGUACUCACCUAGGGUAGAGGGUGUCAGACCUGUUAAAACCCCUUUGCCCCCUCAGGCAGAGAUGGGACUCAAACUGAGGGUCUCCCACAUCCCAGGUGAGUACCCUAACCACAGGGCUUAAAGUUAUGAGGGAGCUCCUGCCUCCCCCCAGGUCUUUUGUGUGAACUUGCUUGUGGGGCCAAAUCCAGCACAUGGAUGUGAGAGAGGCGCAGUUAAAUCCAGAAUGGUGACACGUUACAUUUCCUCUUUUGAGAAAGAGGACCUGGGUUCAGGACUGCUGAGUUCCAUCCCAGUUCUGACCAAACUCACUGUGGUCUAGGGUAAGGCACUUGCACUCUCUGUGCUUCUGUAAACUUACUUCCUUCACAUGAGCAUUGUGAUCUUUAAUUACCAUUUGUUAAGGGGUGCUUUCAGAUUCUUGAAUGACAGACAUAUGGGCCAGAUCUUGCAAACUCUUCCUCACACUCCAUUGAUUUCAUUGGCACUGCAUGCAUGAAUGAGGAUUUCCAGAAUUGGGAUCUAAAAGAGCAAGUAUUAUAAUAAAUUCUCUAAGCAGUACAGUAACUCCUCACUUAGUUGUCCCGGUUAACAUUGUUUCAUUGUUAUGUUGCUGAUCAAUUAGAGAACAUGCUUGUUUAAAGUUGUGCAAUGCUCCCUUAUAACGUUGUUUGGCAGCUGCCUGCUUUGUCCACUGCUGGCGGGAAGAGCAGCCCGUUGCAGCUAGCUGGUGGUGGACCAGCAACCCCGCAUCAGUUCCCCAUUCCACUAAGUUCCCUGUGUGGCAGCCGCCCAGCAGGCUAUCAAUUGCCGGCAGUUCAGCUGUCCCUUCCCCCACUGCCAUGUGCUUCUCCUGCCC